AUGUUCCAUGACUGUGUGUGUUUGGUAUUUAAAGAGCCCCUUGACCAUUUUCCUGAAAGUUUGCUAAAUUAUAGAUUUUCUUCCGGAUUUUUAUUUGGCUCUUUCCCUGCAAAUGUAGAUUUGUUGGAUGCAAAUAGCCACUCUCCAAAAGACAUCAUAUACAUUCUUGAGAACAAUAGAGCGGCUCGGCGGAUGAGCGCCCCUGCUUAUAUUCCCGACAAACUGAUACCGGGAUCGGGUCUUUUUAUGCUCAUGAACACAUCUAAUAACUUGCUCAAUUUUUUGGAAGAGCUGAGACAUAACAACAUGUUUGUUUAUAUCGUUGCCAAGCUAUCUGUCCCAGACAAAGAGAGAUGGAAAGAGCGACAACUUGCCAGGGAAAAUUGCUCCAGUGUAUUGGGAAAGAAGAUUUCGUUGCCUGUUGUAAAUAUUAUUGAAGACUCGGACGACAUUUAUAUUGUCUUGUUGCUGAUACGUCCUGGAUAUUCAAGGUGCGAUAGAAUCACACGCCCAGACGAUGUCAUUGCAAAUGCCCUGGAAUCAGGAACGCUUGCAAGCAGCUCCCUUGAUUCUUUUAUUUUUAAAGAUCUUCCGUUUAAAAUGGGGAUAGCAGAAAAGUUCGGUUCCUAA